UUCAUAUCCUCUCUGUCCCCCUUCUCUCUGUUUCCCUUCUCCUCAUCGCCUUUCUCCCUGUCCCUCGUCUUCCUCACCCCCUUCCCCGUAUACCUAUCCCCUACUACCACCAUUGCCUUCCCUGCCCUUCCUCACCCUCCCUCCUAUUUCCCCCCACCCUCUGCCUCCCUUUCCCUCACCCUCUCCCCAUGUGUGGCAACUGUCAGCAAGCUGAUCGCCACCGCACCUCCUCCCUCAACAGAGGACAAUGCACUGAUGUGGAUGGAGACCGGGGGUUGUCCACCUCCAACACCACCUGUUGGCUCGUACACCAUAUGA